AUGACGUGCCAGUGUUCGCCUAUCCACACAGGAGCUAAGUGCGCAGAAUGUGAUCAACAGAACGCGCAAAUGAUUGGCGAGAAAUGUAUUGCAAAGAAGUGCAUUGUGCAGCAACAGCCACCGGAUCCACAGCCCAGUCUGCGCACGGCUACUGCUCAGGAUAUCUGCGGGAACACAGGCACGUACACCACUUAUGGUGAUCCGAGCAAUCCGUUCAUCACAUGCGUCCCUAAAGAUGCUGAUAGUGGAAAUGUCUCCGCCUACAACGGCACCUUCUCUGCUAAACCUGGAUGUGUAUUUAUCAGUAAGAUAGACAAGACAAGAAGAUUCUUUUGUGGAUUCCUUGAGAAUAUAACAGAAAACCUGUCAACUGGUAACUUGCCUACGUGCGCUAAACCUUCCGAAAAACCCGAUCUGCCUGAAACAUGUACUCACUGUCCAACUGACUUUCACCUUGUACACUUUGGGGAAAACAAUAGCACAUGUAUGCACAAGAGUUGUCACGAUGGCAAAUCCAGUCAUAUGUGGUACAAUUACUGCGGCGGCGUGGGAGACUGUAUUCAGAAGAAGGAUAAAAGCGGAUACGAGUGUGAUUGUGGGACUGCUGCUAAAUGGGAUCCAAAUUUGAAGGCGUGUGUUACUGAUGCAUGCAAGCUCAACAAGAGUCUUGCUGGCCCCUAUGCACCAGACUACUGUAUUCCUCAGUCUACCUUUACACUCGAAUGCACUGUCGGACGGGACGCAACGUGGCAGUGUAAUUGCACUGGGGACUAUGUUACGUACAACAAGACGUGCAUUUCAAAGAGUAAGAACGCUGAUCCAAAGACUCAGCGAGCAAGGGGACUCUGUGGCGGCCCCGGGGCGGGAUAUAUAGACAGUACUGGAACCUGCGUCUGCAGCAAUGGCUUCCUCAAGAUCGGUGACAUGUGCUACAGCUACGACUGCCUGCCAGUUGGCAUAUCAGAUAACAUAAGGAAUCCGGAUAUCAACGUGCUUGUCUGCUCCGGAAAGGGGGUCUGCGCAUACAACCAGCUGACUGGCCGGUACGGCUGCGAGUGCAGCGACGGACUGGAGGCCUUCGGGGGCUACUGCACUCAUCCAGGAUGCGCCGGAAAGGUAAUGCAUAACGGAGAAAUUAAGUAUGUUGAGUGCAAAAUCUACGAUGGAACAACUGGAGAUUGUACAAACGAUAAGGGCACAUAUUCCUGCAAGUGUACUACUCCGUAUAGAUCUGUCAAUGGGAUCUGUGUUCAUCAGCGUUGCGUAUCGUAUGAUAACGUCUAUUGCGGAGGAGAUGUCCUGGCUGCAUGCGUGCAGGGGAGUAAUUACUAUUACGGGUGUGUCUGCUCCGAAGGCUAUGAGAGGGGCCAGCUCAAUUCGGAAUGCAUUCCAAGUAAGUGUGUUUACAGAAGGCUGCUGAGUGAUCCCACUAUUGCAUGCAAUGGGUUAGGAACAUGUGGCGGAGAAGGAUCUUUGUUGAAGAAUAGGCGGUGUGAGUGCAAGUCUGGUGCUAAGCUAGUCACACUUAGAGAUGUGAAUGGGGAGUUGAGAGAAACAUGUAUAUUAAGUGAGUGCAUUUCUAGUGAGGACGGAGUGGAACCGCCGAUUAUCUGUGGAGGACUAGGCAGUUGUGGGUCCACAGGAUGCGUAUGCGAUCUGGGGACAAAGUUAUUUAAAAAGGCUUGCUUUGGCAUCAACUGCUUUAUUAACACCGUAGAUGAUAGCGGACAACUUGUUGAGUCUGUGUGCGGUGGCGAGACCGUUGGGGUGUGCACAAAGAUAGCGUCGCACGGCGAUCGUCGAGACUACGCUUGUAAGUGCAAGGACCCGAAGCCUGACGAGUAUGAAGAACUUGAUGGGUUCUGUCUACCAAAAGCUUGCAUAUUUGAAAUCACAACCUUGACUAAUCAGCAGGUGAGGACGAUGUGCGGUGGAAAGCAGUUUGGAACAUGCGUUCUUAAUGCUACUCAAUCAUCCAAGUCAUACUGUAAGUGCAUAAAUCGAUAUGACAUUAUUCAAAUAACAAAUGGAAAGUGUAUGAAGAAAACCUGUCUUAGCGACUCUCUUUCUGGAGGUCCGGAGGGAUACGUUGAAUGUUCUGGACAUGGGAAGUGUAUAGGGGAUCAUAUUGUGGGGUACUCGUGCAAUUGUGACGAAAAUUAUCAAACGGUUGCAGACGAUCGCCGUUAUUUGUGCGUACCAGCUGUCUGUGUUGUAUCAGAGACAAAUUCCAGUACUAUAUGCAACGGAAGAGGGACCUGUCAGUUCAAGACAGACCCAGGAAAGUGCGAGUGUAGGCCUGGGUAUGAUGGUACCAAAUGUGAGACGUGUGCAAAUGGCUACAAGGAACACACAGAUGCACAGUGCUACCUCAAUGGCUGUCCGGCAGACAAUUGUGGCACGGAGGAAAAUACUAGCGUAGGGGCUUGCCAAUUUAGCGGAAACAGUUUUGCUUGCGUCUGCGUCAACUCGAGCUUCGUCGUUGACAGUGCUAGCAAGAAGUGCCGAAAAUCCAGAUGCGUUUGGUCGGAUCCAUACGAUCAGACAGAAAAAACGUGCUAUGGCAUGGGUACGUGCAAUGAUAACGGCGAGGACACUGGGGCGUGUGUUUGCAACCCCGGGACAACCCUAGUCGGGACAAACAUCUGUGUUUAUAGCCAGUGCAUCUCGGAUGGAAGCGACCCCAAAGCAAUAUGCAAGGGGCGCGGGACAUGCGUAGAGGGCCCUGUCGCCGGGACAGGACUGUGCAGAUGCGACAGCAGCAGAUACCGCACAGACAAGAAGACCGGCCAGUGCUUUGUCAAGGAGUGCUUCGGGGCACACGAGAGCAUCCUGGCCGAGGUCUGCGAUGGCGGUGGAACAUGCAGUGAAGACACUAAAAAGUGCAACUGUAGCGUAGACGGCUUCCAGAGCCUCGACGGCCAGAACGGCUGCGUGCACAGCAGCUGCGUCUCGUCGAACAACAAGCUUUGUAGCGGCUUUGGGGCCUGCGAGAAGACCGGUGACACCUACGGCUGCCUGUGCGCAAGUUACUAUACUCUGGUCGACAAAGACUGCAUCCCCACAAGGUGUCUCAAGGACGGGAAAGUCUGCAACGGCGGCGGCACGUGCUCCGGCGAGGGAUCCUCUGCGACCUGUAGCUGCAACCAGGGCUGGGCUUCGCUGAAUAACCUCUGCUACCCGGCAGCCUGCGUUUCCAGUGGGACGCUCUGCGGGGGGAAUGGCAACUGUCCACUUUCCACAGAUAGUACAUGCGAGUGCAAGUAUGGGUAUGAAAGUGUUCUUGACCAGCUCUGUAUCAGCAGCCAGUGCGUCCAGCGCGGCACCGACGGCACCGUGACGAUCUGCGGGGGCAACGGCAGGUGCGUGUCUGAGAACGGCGUGACUCCCAGCUGCGUGUGCAACGAGGGCUUCUCUCUCACAAGCGACUUCGUCUGCGGAGUCCCUGCUCCAUCCAACAAGUCAUCAAGUACCAUAACGAUUGCAGUCGUGGUCGUCGUCCUCCUCGUCCUCGUUGCAGUGGCCGGCUUCCUCGUCUGGUGGUUCGUGAUACGGCCCAGGAAGAGCGGUGAGUUGAGGGAGCGCGCCCCGCGGAAAGGCCCUAGCUUUAGUGGCUCGCAAAAGCUCAAGAAGCAAGCAAGCUCCAAGGCGUCGCUCCACGCCACUGCGCCCCUACUGAGCCGGUCAUCUCAUGCCGGUUCUAGUGUCCAGCUCUAG